GACUCGGAGCUGGAGACGCCCAUUUUCAGUCGGCGCCCGCCCCGGCUGCUGGAACGGUUCCUCCUUCUCUACGAGCUUUGAUUGUCAGCCUGGAUGUUGAUCCCCGCCGCUAUUCCACCGCAACAGAUGUCUGAUAGCUAGCCAACUGAGUAGAGGACCUCCCUCUCUGCUGGGAGCCUUCCACCUGCAGCCAUGAAUGGUGGUUCCAGCGUUUGGGCCAUCACUCCAGAGGAGAGAGGGAAGCAUGAUAAACAGUUUGACACCCUCGCACCGAUCCUUGGCUACAUCUCGGGGGAGCAAGCGAGGAAAUUCUUUCUCCAGUCUGGCCUGCCGGCUUCUGUCUUGGCGGAGAUCUGGAACCUGGCUGACAUGGACAGUGAUGGGAAGAUGGACAGAUUGGAGUUUUCCAUCGCUAUGAAGCUUAUUAAACUUACGCUUCAGGGCAGGAACUUACCCUCAUCCUUGCCAGUUACCAUGAAGCAACCUCCGACUUUAAACAGCAGCUCAAACAUGUCUUCUUCAGCACGGUUUGGAAUGGGAUCCAUGCCAAACCUGUCAGUCGGUCUUUCAUCCAUGCCAACUAUUUCCACCAUGCCCGUUCUAACACCCAUGCUAGCUAAUCGUCCUUUACCCUCUGUGCAACCCCUGGUGCCAGUGCCAAUGACCCUGCCCUUGAUCACCUCAUUCGGGAGCUCUGGGCUCCCCAAUGGCACUGUCAGCCUCCUCACCUCGCCACUUGUUCCCAGCAAUGCAGGUACUCCAAUGUCAGGCUUUUCAUCCCCUAUGGCUUUUUCCCCAUCUCCGGGUGUGUCAAAAGCCAACUCUCUUUUGGACCUUGGAUCCAGCAGUUCAAACUCUUCCUCCACCACAUCACUGGCCAGCAACUCUCCAAAAAUGGGUUCAGGGGACUGGGCCGUUCCACAGGCCUCGAGACUCAAGUACCGUCAGCAGUUCAAUACACUCGACAAACUCAUGAGCGGCUACUUGUCAGGACCUCAGGUUAGAAAUGCGCUGAUGGCAUCAAACUUGACCCAAACUCAACUGGCUACCAUCUGGAGCCUGGCAGAUGUUGAUAAGGACGGUCAGCUGCGGGCUGAGGAGUUCAUACUGGCUAUGCACCUGGUGGACAUGGCGAAGACUGGACAUCCACUUCCCCUCACUCUGCCUCAGGACCUGAUACCCCCCUCCCUCAGAGGAGGAAUUAAGUCCAGCGAGCUUCUCAAUGGAACAGGACCCUACAUAAGUCCAAGUUUAAUAGACACAACAGAGAUCGAACCUCCUCAGAAGAACAAGAGCAGUGUGUCCUAUGAGGACAAGCUCAAGGAGAACUUUGCGCGCGGCAGUGCUGAGCUGGAGAAAAGGCGGCUGGCUCUGGUGGAGGAGCAGAGGAAGGAGAGGGAGCGCCGGGAGCGGGAGGAGAAGGAGGCCCAAGACCGGCGGGAGAGGGAGGCCAGGGAGCUGGAGAACAGGAGGAGGCUGGAGGAGGAGAGGCGGAUGGAGCGGCAGAGAGAGAUGGAAAGGCAAAGGGAGGAGGAGAGGCUGAGGGAGCUGGAGAGGAAGGAGGCGGCGAAGCAGGAAAUGGAGCGCCAGAGGAGGGAAGAGUGGGAGCGAGCGAAGUUAGAGGAGCUGGGAAGGAGAAAAGAGACAGAGCAAGAGGAGAUCAUUCGACUUAGGGCAAGAAAGAAGAGCCUCGAGUUAGAGCUGGAGGCAGUGGGCAACAAGCACAAGCAGAUCUCAGACCGUCUCCGUGACGCUCAGAGCAAGAGACGGAUCCAGAAGGCCGAGGUGGACCUCAUCAAUCAGAAGAGAGACGUCCGCAUUGCUGAGAUCAACACUCUUCAGCUUGAGUUUGAGGAAUGGCAGAGGAAGCUGUCACAGCUAGUUCCAGAGCAACAGCAACUGUCUGAGAAGCUGCGAAACAUCAGUCUCAAGAAACUGCCCUCGGCCACUUUGACAUCUCUCAUGGGGAGCGCCGCAGAGUCGAGUGGGAACUGCCGCCGUCUCAAAGAUCAGCUGGACAUCCUGGAAAAGGAAACAACAGACAAACUGACCCAGAUGGAGCAGUACAACAAGGAGCUCAAGCUUGGGGAUAUGGAUGACUGCCUCCUGCGAGGCCUCCUCUCCCUGCUGGCCUGCCUCAGCCAGCUCUUCCUCCUCAUCAAGGAGCUGCGGGAGAAGCAGACGAAGCAGCAGGCCGUCCUGGAUGACCUGCACAGAGUCAAAGAGGAGAAGCUGAGGGAGCUGCAGAGGCGCAUGGAGGAGGAGAGGGAGCGGAGGAGGAGAGAGGAAGCAGAAGCAGCAAGACUGGCGAAGGUGGAGGAGGAGAAGCGCGAGCAGGAGCGGAGAGAACAGGAGAGGAGGGAGAGGGAGGAAGAGGAGGCCCGACAGAGGAGGCUCCAGGAGGAGCAGAGGGCCAGGCAGAGGGAGGAGGAGGAGAGAGAGGCGCAGGCUCGCCUCCGAGCGGCUCAGGAGAAGGCGCAGGAGGAGGAGAGGAGACGGAGGGAUGAGGAGGAGAGGAAGAAGAGGGAGCUAGAAGAGGAGAUGAAACAGAAAGAAAUGGAGGAGGAAAAGAGGAAGAAACAAGAACAGGAGAGGGGAGCAGCCCAGCUGACCUCAUACAGAGCCCUGUACUCCUUUCUCGGCCGCAACGCAGAUGAGCUGAGUAUAGAUGCAGACUGUCUCAUAGAGGUGGACGAGCACACUGUCGGUGAACCCGGCUGGCUGUGUGGGAACUACCGAGGAAAAAGGGGCUGGUUCCCCCAGAGUUAUGCAGAGAAAUGUCCCACGCCUCCCACCUCUGAGAUGGCCCCUGCCUCGUCAAGUCUUCCUCCUUUAAAUGCAAGAAACGUUGCCGUGGAUGCCACAGAGGAUAGCAGGGUUCCUUUGUUUCCAGCAGCUUCACAGUCCACGGUUCUCGCCGCUCGAGCCGUCUCUUCAUGGUCGCCUGCUUCAGAAACUCAUCUCAAUCUCUCGCCGGACAUGGGCGGAGCUCUGCUGAGCUUCUCGCAGGGCGACCUCAUAAGCGUGCUGCAGCAGAGGGACGACUGGUGGUUGGGACAGCUCAACGGGACGCGGGGAUGGUUCCCAAAAAGCCACGUCACUCCGGAGCCAGGCAGCAACACAGACGUGGACACAACAGACUCAAGUGUUCAGCUAGGAGAGUAUGUGGCCCUGUACACAUACGAGAGCCCAGAGACAGGUGACUUGACGUUUGAUGAAGGAGACGUAAUUAUGGUGACAGAGAGAGAAGGAGAGUGGUGGAGAGGAUGCAUCGGUGACCAGACAGGACUGUUUCCCUCCAACUACGUCCGUCCCGUUGAGCCAGAGGCAUCAAAAUCUGGAGUUUCAAUCAAAAAACCUGAGAUUGUUCAGGCUGUCACUGCCACAGAGGCCCCAAUGGCUUAUCAGCUGACUCUGUCUCCAGGACAACUGAUUGUGGUCAGAGCCAAAAACUCCACCGGGUGGUGGCUCGGAGAACUGCAGGCUCGGGGCAAAAAGAGACAGAAAGGCUGGUUUCACUCGUCCCAUGUCAAGCUACUGGGACCGUCCAGUACCAAGACCUGCCUCUCCCCUCUGCCAGUGUGCCAAGUUAUCGCAAUGUACGACUACGCUGCUGCUAAUCAGGACGAGCUGAGCUUCUCCAAGGGUCAGCUCAUCAACAUCCUCGACAAGACCAACCCCGACUGGUGGAAAGGUGAAAUCAACGGGGUCACGGGCCUGCUGCCCACCAAUUAUGUCAAGAUGACAACAGAGUCAGACCCCAGCCAGCAGUGUACAUUAAAUUCCUCAUCCUUAUCAGAGCUUGGAGGUGGUCAUGGGUGUGCAGACCUGAUCACGUUGGACACAAUGACUCCUCAGGAAAGGAAGAGACAGGGUUAUAUUCAUGAGCUCUUCCACACUGAGGAGACCUAUGUGGACGAUCUGGAGCUGGUCCUAGAGGUGUUCCACAAGCCCAUGUCCGAGUCAGGUCGCCUGACAGAAGCUGAGAUGGCAACAAUCUUUGUCAACUGGAGGGAGUUGAUUAUGUGCAACACCAGAUUGCUCAAUGCUCUGCGUGAACGCAAGCAAACGGGAGGAGAGAACAUGCCGGUCCAGCUGAUUGGAGACCUGCUGGCUUCAGAGCUCGCUCACAUGCAGCCGUACGUUUGCUUCUGCUCCUCCCAGCUCAACGCUGCCGCUCUCCUGCAGACCAAAACCCACAAUCAGCCUGAGUUCAAAAAUUUCCUCAAGAAGGUUGCCACAAACUACCGCUGCAAAGGAAUGCCACUGUCCAGCUUCCUGCUGAAGCCCAUGCAGAGGCUCACCCGCUACCCUCUGCUCAUAAAGAAUAUCCUUGAGCACACUCCAGACGGCCAUGAGGACCGCGAGCCGCUCCGUGAAGCCCUGGAGCGAGCCGAGGAGCUGUGCUCUCAGGUCAACGAGGCGGUCAGAGAAAAGGAGAAUGCUGACCGCCUGGAGUGGAUACAGAACCACAUUCAGUGUGAGGGCCCUAUAGAGCACCUGGUCUUCAGCUCUUUGACUAACUGCCUCGGGCCCCGCAAGCUGCUCCACAGCGGCCGGCUGUUCAAAACCAAAAGCAGCAGAGAGCUGUGGACUUUCCUCUUCAAUGAUUUCCUCCUCCUCACACACAGCGCCAAGCCUUUCUCCUCCUCAGGAUCAGAAAAACUGUUCAGCCCCAAAACCAACAUGCAGCUGAAGAUAUACAAGACGCCACUGUUUCUCAAUGAGGUUUUGGUAAAAAUGCCGGCGGACCCGUCCAGUGAUGAGCCGCUCUUUCACGUCUCGCACAUUGACCGAGUCUACACCCUGAAAACAGAGACUUUAAGCGAGAGGACAGCGUGGGUCCAAAAAAUUAAAGCAGCCUCUGAACAUUUCAUAGAAACAGAGAAGAAAAAGAGAGAGAAGGCAUACCAAGCACGCUCCUUAAAGUCUAGUGGAAUCGGUCGCCUGCUGGUGACGGUCAUAGAAGCUCAGGAGCUGAAGGCCUGCAAGCCCAACGGUAAGAGCAAUCCAUACUGUGAGCUGACCAUGGGGGCUCAGUGCUACACGUCACGGCCGGUCUUGGACACUCUGAACCCAAAGUGGAACUUCAAUUGUCAGUUUUUCAUCAAAGACAUCUACCAGGACGUCCUGAGCAUCACUGUGUUCGAGAAAGACCAAUUCUCACCCGACGAUUUUCUGGGUCGCGCUGAGGUUCCUGUGGCGACUAUAAAGAAAGACAUGGACAGUAAAGGAGCGGCAACCCGUCGCCUGCUCCUGCACGAAGUCCCAACUGGAGAAGUGUCGGUCAAACUGGACCUCCAGCUGUACGAGGCAACCAAAUGAACCCCAUUGGACAUCUGACCCUUAGCUUAUUGAUGGAGGAGAUUUAUGUGCUGAAAGUGCCUGUCUGUUGUAAAUUAUGCAGCUGAAUAGUUUGGGUUCUGCUGUCCCUACUGUGUUUUUCAUUAGCAAUCAAGGCGUUUUAUAAUCAAUUCCAGUCUUAAAUGUAGCAAAAAAAAUUGCCAAUAUUUUCUUAUUCACAGUGAAAUCAAAAUCUUUAAAAAAAAAAAAAAGCUUUUGAAUCAAACCAUAUAGUUUUGCUAAAUGGAUCAAUUUUUGCAACUAAAUA